AUGGCCAAUCAACAGCCUUCUAAGCCCAGAGUAACCAAUCAGACCACCAGUCAAGCCACCACCACCGCCAGUGUCCUCGGCAGCUCAGCCCAGUUAGGCAGACACUGUGCUAGGGUUAGGGAUGAGGGCUGGGAGGAUGAGGAAGAGGAGGCAGACCAGGAGGCUGACCAAGUAGAUGGCACCUCCACUUGCUCCCAAACACCCACCUACGGCACUGUCAGCCCAUAUUCUGAGGACCCAGAUGUAGUGAUAGAGGACGUGGAGUAUAUUGAGGAUGGAUGUGACAUAGAUACGUAUGACCCGUGUGUGACCCCACUGGAAGUCAACCCUCUGGGCCUGUUAGGUACACAGUCCGAGAGUGCCAUCAGCAGGCACGAGAUCACCAAAGGGGAGCGGCUCUUCUACGGGGCUCACAUGGGCAGUGAGACACGCAAUGUAGAGUUCAAGAGAGGAGGAGGAGAGUACCUGCGCUCGUCGUUCCGAGCCCACCUGCGGCGCUACGCCUGUGCCUUCCUGAACAGUGGAGGGGGCAGCCUGCUGGCGGGGGUGGACGAUGACGGGGUGGUGAGGGGUCUACGCUGUGACCACAGACAGGAGGACCAGGCACGGCUGCUGGUGGACUCUAUCCUAAAGGGCUUCCACCCUACCUUGUUACCACACUCCUACACCCUGGCCUUCCUCCCAGUGGUCAGACCGGGGCCCGAGAGCCAGAAUCUGAAGGUGCUGCGCCUCACCCUGCGGCCCCCUCCAGCCCUCACCCAGCAGGGCCUUUACCAGACUGACCAGGGAGAGGUGUUCCUCAGGAGGGAUGGCAGUGUGGAGGGACCGCUGUCUGCUAGCGCCAUCCAGGAGUGGGCCAGGCAGAGGUGGAGUGGGGAGGUGAGUCGUCUGCAGCACUGUGUGGAGGUCCUUCUGUCUGAGCAACGACUGCUUCUGCAGGAAAUACGCCAGCAGAGCCAGGCCAUCGCUGCCCUGCAGAGCGCACAGACUCAGGCUCCGUCACAGGCACAGGAAUAUACACAGGCUCCAACACAGGCUCCAACACAGACACACAUACAUGUACACACACACACCCAGGCACAGGCACAUGUGAAGACACCUGCAACUGAGAGCCUUGGGAACAGGCUGAUGCAGAUUUUAGGGAAGGCAGGGCGAGCGACACCACUACACCAAGAAGUCCCUUCAGUCACCCCAGCAGCACCCAGCUCAGCUCUGCCUCUGGUACCCUUCAUGGCUCCUGAUCUGAACUUGCUCCGGGAAUCUCCAGGAAGGGCCCAUCUCUGCCCAUCUCUGUCCCCAGGGCACAACCAAGGCCCUGGACCCCCACACUUCACUCAGUGCCAAUGUACAGAGUGCAGAUCAAACAUCUGCAGACUGAUGUGA